CUGCUUUUGUGCAGGUCGGGUAGCGCCCUCAACAAACAGUGAAAACUGGUUGCGAAUCAGGGUAAAUGGGUCUGGUCUGAUAAGGAAUUUUAGGCGCGCCAAGACUAUUUUGAGGCCCGCGUAGAGGGCCGGAUAUCAUAAGAAAUGGAGUCUGCUGUGUCGAGACUGGCAAACAUUCGGAGCCACUUAACCACUUCGACGUCGGCGAAGGGUUUUGACGCUGGAUUGGUUAAGAUAUCUCCUAGAGUUCAUGAAGCUUUAGCACAUGGUCGGCCAGUUGUAGCCCUUGAGUCUACCAUCAUUUCUCAUGGAAUGCCAUAUCCUCAAAAUCUGGAAACAGCAAAACAGGUGGAGACAAUGGUUAGUAUGAAUGGUGCAGAACCCGCCACUAUUGCUAUUUUGGAUGGUGUACCCUGUGUAGGUUUGAGCAGGGAAGAACUGGAGAGGCUUGCUAUCUUAGGAAGCAAAGCUCGUAAGACAGCUCGCAGAGACAUUUCUCAUGUUGUGGCUACUAGAGGCAACGGAGCAACUACUGUGUCUGCUACUAUGUUUUUUGCUUCCAUGGUUGGCAUUCCAAUAUUUGUAACUGGGGGUGUUGGAGGAGUACAUAGAUAUGGCGAGAAUACGAUGGAUGUAUCUUCUGACCUCACUGAACUUGGAAGGACUCCUGUAGCAGUAAUCUCAGCAGGGGUGAAAUCAAUAUUAGAUAUCCCAAGAACGCUGGAGUAUUUGGAAACUCAAGGGGUCUGUGUUGCAGCUUAUCAGACUGAUGAAUUUCCUGCUUUCUUUACAGAAACAAGUGGCUGCAAGGCACCUUGUCGGGUAGAUACACCAGAAGACUGUGCUCGACUAAUAGAUGCCAACACUAAACUCGGGCUUCAAACUGGGAUCUUAAUAGCAGCCCCUAUCCCGAAACAACAUUCUGCUUCAGGAAGUUUCAUUGAAUCAGCAGUACAAAGAGCUCUUCUAGAAGCUCAGGAAAAGAACAUAACAGGAAAUGCUCAAACUCCAUUCUUGCUUGCUAGAGUAAAUGAACUAACUGGAGGAGCUUCUCUAGCUUCUAAUAUUGCACUUGUGAAAAACAAUGCAUUUAUUGGUGCUAAAAUUGCUGUCUCCUUAGCUCAAAUCCGCAGCCACUGCAAUUGAAAUGCAAAUGCAAUUAUCACAAGCAGUGUGAUAAGUUGGGGCAUUAAAUUCUAGUAUUUCUAUGUGAACUCGGUCCUUUAUGCCUUAUAGUUCAAAUGAUGUUAAUAUUAUGUUUUUGUAUUUUACUUGGAAGCAAGUAUGACCCUCCACCGGUCCACUCUUACAUCAUCCACAUGGUUUCAUAGCUAUAAAUUUUAAAAAUUGCAAAAGUGCAAAACCACUAUUGUUUCGUUUUAGAAAAAACUCGUUUCUAACACUGAGUAAUACAGUAAAUUGUUUCC